CACGGCGGCCAGAAAUUGUGCUUCUUAAUUCUUGAUCAGUCACAAAGCCAUGACGAAGCUAUGAGAACUAACAGAGCUGCAUCUCAACAGUACCGAUCGACCAGUGUGUCGGACUGUUCACAGAGCAAGGAACAGGUUGUAUACAGCCGGUAAAAUACUAGAGUAUCGAGAAUACAAGAGAAUUAUGGAAUCGACAUUGCUGCCGAGUCUGUACAACAAUCCGGGCCACUAUGAUAAGGCGUUCAAAGUCUUCUGCACUCGGUCUGCCCAGAUCAGGACGCACUCUGAUUUGGUGGACAGUGUGUUUAGCGAGGUGGUGGUCGGGAAACUCCAGGCCACACUGGACGGACAAGAAGAGCUACGGGUCCUGGGAGUGGGCAGUGGGUCAGGUGAGAUGGAUUGUUUGAUGUUGGAGCAGCUCAAAAAGCGUUUCCCGCUCAUCAAUAAUCGUGUAGUUGAGCCUUCUCUGAAGAUGCUAGUCCAGUACAAGGCAUUUGCUCAAGCGAAGGCUCACCAGCUACACGGUGUUAAGUUUGACUUUCGGCAGCAGACUAUUGAGCAAUACCAAGAGGCGGGAGAUGGUACCAAGUUCCAUUUCAUCAGCGCAGUUCACUCCAUGUACUACGUGGACAACUUUGAUAGCUCCGUGAUGUAUCUGUACGACUUACUGAUCCCAGGAGGAGCAUUACUUGUGAUCCUAAAGCCAGAAAACACCGGAUGGCAGCGAUUUCUGGACCGCUUUCCUCAACUUUAUGGUCGGGCCGGUUGUGACCUACAAGUAACUUCGAGGGAUUUACUCAAUUUAUUGGACCGCCGUGGCAUCCCGUACACGCAGCACCACCAACCCACGAGCUGCGACAUCACCAAGUGCUUCGACGAAGCUUCUGAGGAAGGCAGCCUGCUGGUGGAUUUCCUGACCCAAACCGUUAACUUCAAGGAGACGGCGGCCGAAGACGAACAGAGAUCCAUGAUGGAGUAUCUUGCAAGCAGCGACUGCUCCGAGAGGAAAAAUGACGCCAUACUGCUGAUCAUUGGCUGGGAUGCAGUAGUAAUAAUUAAGCAACAAGAAUUCAAUUAAUUUUAUCAAAAACAAUCAAGCCACUAUACAAAUACAAACUGUCCGAAAAGUUGUUUGUUUAAACUGGGCCGGAAAAGUUACCUAAAACCUGUGGAAAGUUACUUCAAAGUGAACUCAUUGCGUCCAAGCUUGUGCAGAUCACACUUACCGCCGAGAGCCACGUGCUGAGCAAAAAGUCAGUCGAGGCCGUUUGCUCACAAAAUGUUCCCUUUUGUGCGGUACAUUUUUUUGGCUGAGUUUUCUGCCCCGCGAGGUCGUGAAGCAAAUGUUUAUCC